AUGAAAACUUGCCUGCUCGCCAUCAUUGCCGUACAGAUCCUCUACUGCUCAGGAAUGCCAAGCACUAAGGAAGCUCUGAGAGCCUCGGUUAUAAAGCUGAAUGAAAUCACUGAGAUCACCAACCUCUGUGGUAUCACUAGGAGAGGAGUGACAAAUACAUAUCGCACAGGUAAACUUUCCUACAGUGUGGAUUUAACGUUCUCUGUGAAAGAAACUGUCUGCUCCAAGAAUUCUGGACAGGAAUUUGAUGAUCCCAGCUGCUCCUUCCGCCCUAAAAGCAUUGCGGAGAAAGGGUUUUGCAAAAGCCAUGUGGAAUUUUUUGCUGAUAAGGUAGCUGACGUUGAUGUGGAGUGUGACAGUCUGAAGACAGUUGACAGCGAGAGUGACUCGACAGAAUCGAGUGAAACCAGUAUUGAGGCCCAAACCAAAUCAAAAGAGACAUCACUAGAGGAAACCUCAAAUGUUGAAAAUAAGUCAGAAGAAACUUCAGUGGAAGAAGAAUCUCUAAACGUAGACAGCAAGUCAAAAGAGACAUCAGUCGAGGAGUCUUCAAUUAUGAAAAGCAAAUCAACAGAAUUAUCAUUGGAGGAGCCUUCAAAGGAACAAAACGAGGACUCGUGA